AUGCUGUCAAGCCCUGAAAGAGCUGUGGUACCAUUACAUACCGGACAACUGGCAACAUCACCGAUUUUUAAUCAGAGACGUACUAUUAUUGAAACUGCUGUUCCAGUGCAAUUAAGCCAGUUACUCAAGCAAUAUUAUGGUUUUGAAGAGGGUGCUGAUUUGUACAUUUUACCUAACAAUCCUAAUAAACUUUUUGUCUUAUGUCGAGGACAUUUGCGAACGGUCGAUUUAUCUACAUGGCAAAUAAGUCAACAGAGUAGUAUUCCUCCGGAAGUUAGCAGUGAUGAUUUGAAAGUAAGUCCAAAGUCGCCUUUGGAAGAUACAGAAAAGGAUGGACGAGUGGCUCCACCUGCAACACCAGUUACACCACUUCGAACAGCUUCGACGGUAGCGGAAUCAUACUUUUCAUUUAUUGAUUCACUUAUAAUUUGUUUGCUUACUUUAGGUUUUUCUCAACACCUUGUGUAUGAACCAGAAUGGCAUAAAGCAGUUUCUGAUAAAGAACGAGAAGUCCUUCAAAAAGAACGUCGUCGGAUGAGUGCAUAUAAGACUUCACUUUGCAAUGCAUUCCGAGAUACAGGACAAUGUGCAUAUGGUUUUCAUUGUCGAUUUGCACAUGGCAUCGACGAAUUACGUGCUGCACCAGGACCACAUCCCAAAUACAAAACACGGCUGUGCAAUAAGUUUACAUUAUAUGGUUUAUGUCCAUAUGGCAGUCAUUGUCAAUUUAUUCAUUGGCCCCCAUGCGAACAGCAAGAUGAUUCGGUGCAUAUGAACUUCACAGCAAGUCUCGACAGUGGUAGUAAACAUGCACUGCAUUAUCGGCAUUGUUCAGGUGCAAAACCGAGAUUUUGUGCAAGGAAUGCAUGCUGUGUUAAAGUAGCAGGAUGUAAUCGCUGUGAUUCGUUUUCACAGCAGUAUUUUGGUUCUGGUAACAAUUUGCAGGCCAUUGAAAUGUCAUGCAAUCAUUGCAAUCCAGAAACUGCCCAGAAUUUUUGGUACCACCAUCUACCGCAUACAAGCCAUAUGGCAAGCAAUAAUGCUGACACAACACUGGACAUUAUGCCGAUGGUUGGCUCGAACGAACUGAACUCUGACAUUACUGCAGUGAAGGACUUGUUUAGUACAGUGAGUAUUGGUCAACAUAAUAAUCCAUUCACGCAGUCGUGUUUUCCACGAAUAAAUUUGGAAAACUGUGUUGAAAAAAGUGCAAACGUUAGUGAUAUAUCGUGUCGUGCACCGUAA